AAUCACCUUCCAAGAGGAUGUCAAGUCAUCUUUCUCCAUUAAGUGGCACCAGCGAGUCGGGAGACGAAGAUUCAAUCAGUUCUGAUUAUUCUGAGUCGGAGAUCGAAAUGUCAACCACCACCACUGAAAGCGACUGGGAUGAUGCGCCGUUGCUGCAUGCAAUUAUCAUACCAAACUAUAAGGAGGACAUGGACACUCUACGAGAGACUCUGGACAUUCUAGGAAGUCAUACUCAAGCACCUUCAUCGUACGAGAUUUACCUCGCAAUGGAACAGGGGGAAGCAGGUUGUGAAGCCAAGGCCGCGAUUCUGAUCAAGGAAUACACCAAGCACUUUCGCAGUAUUGAAUUUACAGCUCACCCCCGAGAUAUUCCCGGAGAGGCGCAAGGAAAGAGCAGCAAUCUGAGUUGGGCAGCAAGAUACAUCAACAGGAAAUACUCAGACGAGGUUCUGAAGCGCAAUGUACUCAUCACAGUCAUCGAUUCUGACAGCCACCUCUCCUCGAAAUACUUCACACUAAUCAACGGCAUGCAUUUCGCAUACCCCGAAACCGCCGAUUCGACCAUGUACGUGCCCCCAAUCAUCUUCGACCGCAACGCGCACGUCGUCCCGCGGCUCGUCCGGGUAGCCGACCUGCUGUGGGCAGGUGCCGGUCUUUCCGGCCACUACGCAUCCUCGUCAAUCUGCCCGCCCACCUCUGUAUAUUCGCUCCCGCUCUCGCUCGUGGAUCGGGCCGGCGGCUGGGAUGCGGGCGCGGAUGCCAUUGGCGAGGAUUUGCAUAUGUACGUCAAAUGCUUCUUUGCGCUCAACGGCAAUUUGACCACCAGGAGCGUCUUCAGCCCCGCGAGUCAUAGCAAUGUAUAUACGAAUGGCAAGGGUGUGAGAGGGUUCUACAAUGAUAUUAUGGCGAGGUAUAAGCAGGCGUUGAGGCAUAUGUGGGGUGCGUUGGAUAGUGGAUUUGUCCUGAAAUCAACCAUAAAUAUGUGGUGGAGCAGGCGGAAGGAUUCAAAUAAACCAAAAUGGGGUUCAACAAUCAUCCUCCUGCACCGAAUGUACGAAGCGCAUUUCCUCCCCAUCCACAUCACCCUCCUCAUCCUCGGUAGCGGCUUCUACACCCUCUCAACGCUCUCCACCCAAAUCCCCCGCCUCCUCCUACAAACUCUCGACAUAACAGGCUGGAUGCGCCUCGUCUCUGCGCUCAACUUCAUCUACUUCUUCUUCCUCUACGAAUCCUACCACUACACCUGUGUCAAAGGCCGCGAAGAAGAGAUGCUGCGCGCCAACCUCGCCGACCGCAUGGUGGACUCCUUCUCCUACCGCCGCUUCCGGACGACAGGACUGGAUUUCUGUCUCUUUCCGGUGGCGGGGAUCCUAUUCGGCACCGUUCCGGCGGCGGUGGCGCUGUGCUGCCAGUUUUGGAGCUUGGGACUGGUGUAUAAGGUUUCGAAGAAACCGCAGAGGAUGGCGGGGCCUGCUCCUUGAUUACCUGUUAUGAUUGAUAGAUAGAUACAUGCGCGCAAUUCUUGUGGAUAGGGUUUUGUUUAGACGGCGAGCGAGUGAUUGGUUAUUUAUACGGCUGAG